CUCUUCCCAUGCUCUGUGAGUUCUCAGCCACUGCUCAGGGGGGCUGAUGGGAAAUCUUAGAACUGUUGUACUGUCUAACUGGGGAAGGGAAUUUGACAGCUGCAUGGGGGUAAUGUCAGAGCUGACAGGCCCUGCUUCUGCAGUUGCCUGCUUCCAGCCUGCACUGCUGCAUUCGUGGACUUCCUGGCUGGUGGGUCCUUACCUGCCUCUUGUCCUCUGAGCCAUUUCCUUCUGGUUCCCCGUGUACUGAUUUCUGCACAUGAGGAAGACAAGGCGCUGGCCUGAGUUACCCCAGCAGGGCUGUAUCACUUUCUGCAUGUGACCUUUCAUUUCCAGGCUGUGUUUUCCCUGUGUUCACUGAGGCGCAGCAUCACUGUGUGAAUGAGAGUGAAAACCCGGCCUACACAUCAGCUGUAUUCAUGUGAUACUGAUUCAAUCCCUCGUUCCAGGCUUGCAAUCAUGGAUCCUCUGCAGGAAGCAAAUGGCACCUUUGCCUUAAACCUUUUGAAAAUACUGGGAGAAGACAGCUCAAAAAAUGUGUUUUUCUCACCCAUGAGCAUCUCCUCAGCCCUGGCCAUGGUCUUCAUGGGGGCAAAGGGAGACACUGCAAGCCAGAUGAUUCAGGCGCUUUCUUUGGAUAAAUGCAGCAGCAGUGGAGGUGGAGAUGUCCACCAGGGCUUCCAGUCACUUCUCAGCGAAGUGAACAAGCCUGGAACACAGUACUUGCUCAAAACAGCCAACAGACUCUUCGGGGAAAAGACUUUUGCUGUCCUUGCAUCUUUUAAAGAUUCCUGCCGCAAGUUCUAUGGAGCAGAGAUGGAAGAGCUGGACUUUCAGGGAGAUACAGAGCAGUCCCGACAGCACAUCAACACCUGGGUGGCCAAAAAGACAGAAGAUAAAAUUAAAGAGAUGCUGGAUGAUUACAUGGUAAAACCAAGCACCAUGCUGGUCCUUGUGAAUGCCAUCUACUUCAAAGGAAACUGGGAGAAGCAGUUUAACAAAGAGGACACCAGGGAGAUGCCUUUCAAAAUCACCAAGAAUGAGGAGAAACCUGUGCAAAUGAUGUUUAAGAAGUCUACCGUUAACAUGACUUAUAUUGAAGAGAUAUCCACCAAGAUUCUGUUGCUUCCCUAUGCUGGCAAUGAGCUGAACAUGAUCAUCAUGCUUCCAGAUGAGCACGUUGAACUGAGAACGGUGGAGAAGGAAAUAACUUAUGAGAAAUUCAUAGAGUGGACAAAGCUGGACAAGAUGGAUGAAAAAAAGGUGGAGGUUUUCCUCCCACAGUUUAAACUGGAAGAGAAUUAUGACAUGAAGGAAUUCCUGUGCAAGCUGGGCAUGACUGAUGCCUUUGACAACAGGGCAGACUUUUCUGGAAUAUCUUCCAAGCAAGGCUUGUUUCUGUCUAUGGUUGUACACAAGUCCUUUGUGGAGGUCACUGAGGAGGGCACAGAGGCUGCUGCUGCUACAGCUGCCAUUAUCCUUUUGGGGUCAUCCCCAUCGUUCACUCCCCCACCCCGCUUCUGUGCCGACCACCCCUUCCUUUUCUUCAUUCAGCAUGUUAAGACCAAUGGCAUUCUGUUCUGUGGCCGGUUCUCUUCUCCCUGAGAAAAGGAUGCUCCUGUGUCUGCUUUGUAUGCACUCUCCAUGGUUUGCCUGUGACCCAAGUGAUGUCAUCAACAAAUACAAUGACAGUUUUGAAAUAAAGGCUUUAUGGCACCUCA